GUACAGAGUUCUAAGUAGUUGUCCCAGGAUUAGCAUACUAUUCUAAAACAGUAAUUAUCGUCGUUAACCUAUAGAGUUGCGAUUAUUUUAAAUGAAUGUGGCCAAAGAAUUUCAAUGUACAGAUGUGAAGUCAACCCAAAACACAUGAGAUUUGCUCUUGCGGAAGUGACACAGUAACCCGCAUCCGGCUAAACGCGGCAUUCACGGAAGAAACCGAGCAGCUGAUCUGCGAUGCAUUACAAGUAAUCUGGUGAGUUUGGGGGAUAGUCUGGGUAAUAACGGUGCGGUUUGGGAUAUUGUUGUCUGCACUGAUUCAGUGUCCUAAAAAUGGUAGCAUUUUGGGAGAAUUGUGGCAGUAAGGGGGGUAAAAUGUAACGAUUUUAGCAUUUGCAUAAAAAGGGUAACCUAAGUUAGCCAUGUGUAAUAUAGUUAUGUCAGUCAGGCAAGAUACCAAAGGCUAACGUUAGUUUGCUGUGAGUUCAGGCAGUAAGGCCUAGUUUGUUAGAAAUGGUAUCAUCUAUUUCUGAAAAACCCUUCCAACGUGUACUAGGGGUACACAGGGAUGUUUCUAUCUUUGUCUAACUUGUAUUAGCAAGCUGUCGUUACGUGCUUUGGAUAUCAAUGGGAAUGAGUUAGCUCGAUAGGAACGGUCUGCAGUGUGCCAGCCAACUUUUGAUAAACCUGCAACAACUCCUGUGCUUCCCCAUUUCCCUCCCAAUUGGCGUGCUCCCCCUGUCAGAAGGCAUGCCGGGUGGAAUGGACCACAAUGACUUUGUGGGGAGCCUCCCUGCCAUCGCCUCCCUCAAUGCGUCCUACUCGCAGGCCUCACUCUCCAUCCCUUAUCCGUACUACCUACCAACCCCCCCGGCUGAGCGAAGGGCCAUCUCAGACGUCCGCCGCACCUUCUGCCUCUUCGUCACCUUUGACCUCCUCUUCAUCUCCCUUCUCUGGAUCAUUGAGCUGAAUAUCAAUAAGAACAUUUGGGAGAGUCUACAGGCUGAGGUCGUCCAGUACAACUUCAAGUCCUCUUUCUUUGACAUCUUCCUCUUAGCCCUUUUCAGGUUUUUGUGUUUGCAGCUUGGGUAUGCUGCUGUGCGUCUGAGGCAUUGGUGGGUCAUUGCGAUAACCACUCUCGUGACUAGUGCCUUUCUUGUUGUCAAAGUCGUCCUUUCAGAACUCUUCAACAAGAAUGCCUUUGGCUACGUGCUGCCCAUCACCUCGUUCGUGGUGGCCUGGCUGGAGACCUGGUUCCUGGACUUCAAAGUGCUCACCCAGGAGGCAGAGGACGAGAGGGCGUAUCUGGCAGCAGUGCAUGCAGCGUGUGAGCGUGCUCCUAUGAUCUACCCCAGGGCUGUCUCUGACGGCCAGUUCUACUCUCCCCCAGAGUCUCUGGCAGGCUCUGAUGAAGAGUUGGAUGAAGAGGGGUUGGGGAGGAAAGCUGUGACAACACAGGAGAAGGAGUUUGUGAGGCAGGGGAGGGAUGCCAUGGCCGUGGUAGAGCAGAUACUAUCUCAGGAGGAGAACUGGAAGUUUGAGAAGAACAAUGAUCUAGGGGACUCUGUAUACACCCUAGAAAUUCCCUUUCAUGGGAAAACCUUCAUCCUCAAGGCCUUCAUGCAGUGUCCUGCUGAACUGGUGUAUCAGGAGGUGAUUCUGCAACCAGAGAAAAUGGUGCAGUGGAACAAGACGAUAUCAGCCUGCCAGAUAUUGCAGAGAGUGGAUGACAACACUCUGAUCUCCUAUGAUGUGUCUGCUGGAGCAGCAGGAGGUGUCGUCUCUCCUAGGGACUUUGUAAACGUCCGGCGGGUGGAGCGCAAACGAGACUGCUACAUCUCUGCUGGCAUGGCAACCAACCACGACGCCAAACCUCCCCACAGUCGCUUUGUCAGGGGAGAGAACGGCCCUGGUGGUUUUGUCGUUCUGAAGUCGAGCAGUAAUCCUACAGUCUGUACUUUUAUCUGGGUCUUAAACACUGACCUAAAGGGUCGUCUGCCGCGGUACCUCAUCCACCAGUCUCUGGCCGCCACCAUGUUUGAGUUCAUGGCUCACCUGCGCCAGCGCAUCACAGAGCUGCGCACCUCCUACCGGUGACUCUGAGCCAGAGGCUCUGCUGCACGGCGCCUCCGCAGACCGGGAGGAGGUACUGCACCCUCUGGGAUCACUCAGGGGGAGACUCAGCAGGGGGGGAGAGGGUCGGUCUCGGGGACUCGUGUUCAAAGAGGGUUCAGUUCAUAUACGCGUUCCAACACGGACAGAAAACGAGAACCCAGAACUCACAGGACACACUGGACCUAAAAGUUGGACAACGGGUUCGAAAAACUGAGUGAUUCUCUUGCUGAAGGCAAUUGGUCUCUGAUGGACAUUUUACUGUGUAUGUGUGUGCUGGUGUGCCAUGGGGGAAAAGAUCUGUGUACCUACUAUUACUAUUCUUCUCCCUCUCUCUCCCUCAUCCUCUCUCUCUCCCCCAUCUCUUCUUAACUGGCAGCUGAUUGUCCAUGUACAGGCUGGCUGCCUUCUGCAGCCCUAUGAUGCUUUUGUCCUUGGCUGAAGCCAUGUCUGAUGCCAUGUGUCUCUCUCUCUCUCUCUCUCGCACCUUCUGAAGCAGGGUUGUUGCCAUCAUGUGAUCCGAAUGCCUGGCCGCUCAAUAAGACUUCUAUCAGUCUUUCACUCUUCCACAUGAUGUACACACGCUUACACACUCUCUCCUCACUGCAUUGAACAGGAAGAGCCUUUGGGGGUAAUGCCUGUAAACCACUCACAGUGAGACUGCCUUAAGUAAGCACUAGCACAUGCGCACACACACACACACACACACACACACACAUGCACGUGCCCAGGUUGGUCGAGUUAGUCAUUGUGAAGCUUUGACUGAAGAGCACCAUGCAUGGUAACACAACUCAAGACCUUACUUUAGAAUGGUCCAAGGCAAAGCUUUGACUAAUGUCUAGAGAAUCACUUUAAUGACUUCAGAAGCUAACAAUAAAUAAAAAUAUCUGGGUAUUUUUCAUGGGGGUUUAAUAAUGUUUCCAUUCUCAAAACAGUUUUUGUUCCAUCAACAAUCCUUUACUAGUCUUACUAAACUCUCAGGAGUGGUCUGAGAGGAUACACUUGUUUCUUUCUCUCUAAUGUGGAAAAUCAGGCAGAACAGUGCUAACACAAGCAUGGAGGUCAUAUGUGUUUUAUCUGUUUAUGUUACGCCUUUAAUCUGUAUCUGCCAAGCUAAGUUGUAUAUGUUUAGCCUCAGACGAGUUCUCUGUGAGAUUUUGAAGUUCUCCGUUGUUGCUGGCUGUCACUCAACCCAUCAAGAACUUGGUGCUCACUGCUCUGUGUGGAGUGAUGAUAUGGGGGGGGGGGGGGGGCUGCGCUCAGUGAACGUGGCAGAAUCCAUGCGGUCAUGUGACUGUCAUGAAGUUAUUGCUGCAGAUGGGCGUGUGGAGAUGUGAUGGACAGAAAGUUAAAGAGGACUGAGCUCCACCAGCAGCAGAUUGUGUUUUUAUUUCAGUUGAAUUUUUAGGAGGGGGGGCGGGGUUUGUUAACGUUCUGGUGUUUUACACGGGAUGUUUUGUUGUGCCUUCUCACUGUGUAGAUCAUGUUUUGGAACUGUCAAAAAAAUAUCACCCAAGUAUAGUUGACUUAUUUUCACUUUGUUGCAUUUUAGGACUUGAAAAUGAUUGUUAUUUUUUUUUUUUGCCAAGCCUAUUUGUAAAUGUCUGAAUACUGUAUGAUUAUAGUUCUCCUGAUGAAACAUGCUUAGUGAUUUUGCCAUUUUCAUCAAUCUUAUAACCUUGAGACAUCUAUAAUUUUUAAAAAGAAAAAAUUAAAUUUAAAACUAACUAAUUAAAAUGCUAAAUAAAAGUACAUUUUAAAAAGA